AUGGACUCGAAGGAAGAUACGUCUCUCUCAGGUUUUUCUUCUGUUUCUUCCGAUAAAAUCGAUUCGGUUAACGAAACGAAUGGUUUGAAAUCCGUUAACAAAGUUGAUAAUAAUAAAACUAGUAGUCUGAAUGCUAGUUCCGAUGACGAGAACGAGGGUUUUGCUAGUGGUGAGGAGGAGGCUUUUGAGACAAACUUAGAUGAGAAUUCAAAAGCCAUACUAAAUGUAGACGAAGGUGUGGAUAACGGUGAGAAGUUUUCCGAGGCUUUUGAAGUUCUUUUGCCGAAGGUUGAUUUAGCGACCGUGAGUGAUGAGGUUGUUGAUGAUGCCGAAAAGGAUAAUUUAGGUUUGGUGGAUAAGAGAGCAGACGAGAAGCUUGAAUCGGAUGAGAAUUUGAAUUCGAGUGAAGUGGUGAAACAGGAGGUUGUGGAAGGGGUUGAAGGAGAUAAGGUGAGUGAAAGUAAGGGAGAUGUAGUUGAUGAAACUGUAUCAAAGGUUGUGAAUAGGGAUGAAGUGAAAUCGGAUAGUCCUAAAGAAGGAGAAAAGGAGGUGGUUGUAGCCAAUGGUGUGAAGCUUACCACAGAAGGGGAUUCUGUUGUGGAAGAAAUAAAAGUUGAUGCGCCUGUACCAGGUGUGGCUGUGGUUUCUAAUAUGGAAGAUGUUGAGGACGAUGAUGAGGAUGAGGAGGUGCUGCUAGUUGGUGGACCCGAUGACACUAGUUCUGCUGUUGAAGAACCUGAUUUAGAAUCUGUUGGUGCAGAUGAUGUGAAGAUCACUUCUGAAGGUGAUUCUGUGGUGGAAGCCAUAGAUGUUGAUUUGCCAGUGGCGGGAGUCCCUGGAGUGGCAGUGGUUACCAAGACAGAAGAAGAUUAUGGUGGUGCUGUGGCCGAUGAGGCUGGUUUUUCAUCUGAGAAGAUAGACCGUGUUUUAGAAGAAGUUGUGGAUAAGGAGGUUGUUGAAGUGACCGAUGGCAAAUUUUCACCUUUGGUGGAAGAUUCUGUUGGUGAUGAUGUAGAGAAGAAUGAAAAGAACCCAGAGGCAGAAGUAGAGAAAGAGGUUGAUUAUGAGGGUAAAGAAAAUGGUUCAGUGGUGAUGACUGCUUUAGAUGAUGUAGAAGAUGUGUCCAUAGUUGGUUUGGAUGGUGAUACAGUUCAGGAAACAGAAAGUUUGGACAAAGAUACCCCUGAUGAAACAGCUCAGGCAACAGAAGUAUUGGACAAAGCUGUUCCUGAUGAGAUAGCUCAGGGAACAGAAGUUUUGGGCAAAGAUUUAUCCGAUGAUGCAGAUGCAGAUGCCAAGGCAAAACAUAUCGACAUUGAUGCUGAUAAUGGUCUAGAAAACGGCCCAGCAGACAAAUUUGUUGUAGAGGAUUCUGCUGAAAAGGAUGAUGAUAAUGAAGAAGGCUACAUGGAUGGUUCCCCUUCAGAUGAAGAUACUGAUGGUGUGAUCUUUGGAAGUUCAGAAGCUGCAAAGCAGUUCAUGGAGGAGUUGGAAGGAGGAUCAGGUGAAGGUGGGGAGAGUUCUCAAGAUCGUUCCCAGAUGGUUGAUGGUCAGAUUGUCACAGAUUCUGAUGAAGAUGAUGAUGAUGAUGAAGAAGAAGAAGACGGGAAAGAGCUGUUUGAUUCAGCUGCAUUAGCUGCACUUCUAAAAGCAGCAGCUGAUGGUAGCUCAGAAGGUGGCAACAUCACGUUUUCUUCACAAGAUGGUUCUAGACUUUUCACAGUUGAACGCCCCGCUGGACUGGGCCCCUCACUCCAGCCCAUGAGAGCCGCCACCCGACCAACACCAACACGCUCCAAUCUUUACAACAACCCUUCAAGCAUCAUGAGUGUCAGUGAAACAGAAAGCAACUUGAGCGAUGAAGAAAGGAAAAAGCUGGAGAAGUUACAGUCCAUCAGGGUGAAGUUUUUGAGACUUGUGCAGAGGUUAGGCCUUUCUCCAGACGAGUCUGUAGCAGCACAGGUUCUUUACAGGCUAGCUCUAAUCGCAGGGAGACAAACCGGUCAAUCUUUUAGCCUUGAUGCUGCUAAAAGAAAAGCCAUGGAGCUUGAAGCUGAAGGGAAUGAUGAUCUUGACUUUUCGGUCAACAUCCUGGUAAUCGGUAAAGCAGGGGUCGGAAAAAGUGCCACCAUCAAUUCCAUUUUCGGGGAAGACAAGACCGGAAUCAGUGCUUUUCAACCUGCGACUGAUUCAGUGAAGGAGAUACGUGGUAUGGUAGGUGGAGUUGCGGUUCGUGUUUUUGAUACACCUGGGCUUCGAUCCUCUGUGAUGGAUCAAGGUUUUAACAGAAGUGUACUCUCAUCAGCAAAAAAGUUCACAAAGAAAAACCCCGCAGAUAUCGUUCUUUAUGUUGAUCGUCUGGAUGCCCAAACCAGAGACCAUAACGACAUUCCAUUACUGAAAAACAUUACGAAUUCCCUGGGUCCCGCCAUCUGGCGAAGUGCCAUAGUCACUUUCACACAUGCUGCUUCCGCGCCUCCGGAAGGUUCUAAUGGAAUCCCGUUGAGUUAUGAAAUGUUUGUUACGCAGCGAUCGCAUGUUGUCCAACAAGCAAUUGGGCAUGCGGUUGGUGAUCUGCGGAUGAUGAGCCCUAGCUUAAUGAACCCGGUUUCUUUAGUUGAAAACCAUCAGUCGUGUCGGAAGAAUCGUGAAGGUCAGAAGGUGCUUCCGAACGGUCAAACUUGGAGGCCGCAGCUUCUUAUGCUUUGUUACUCCAUGAAGAUUUUAGCAGAAGCAAACGCGCUAUCGAAACCGCAAGAUCCUUAUGACAACCGCAAGCUUUUCGGUUUCCGUGUCCGGUCACCACCACUCCCGUACAUGUUGUCCUCGAUGUUGCAGUCCCGUGCACACCCGAAGCUUUCGUCGGAGCAGGGCGGUGAUGGUGGUGAUUCCGAUGUUGACCUGGCGGAUCUGUCGGAAUCGGAAAAUGAAGAAGAUGAAGAUGAAUACGAUCAGCUCCCACCUUUCAAACCAUUGAAGAAGACCCAACUUGCAAAGCUUAGCAAAGAACAGAAGAAAGCUUACUUUGAUGAGUACGAUUACCGAGUCAAGCUUUUACAGAAGAAGCAAUGGAAAGAGGAAUUGAAAAGAAUGAAGGAAAUGAAAAAGAGAGGUAAAGAUGGUGUGACCGAUGGAGGUUUUCAAGAGGAGGAAGGCGAAGGUGACACGCCGGCGCCGGUGGCGGUUCCGUUGCCGGACAUGGCACUGCCACCGUCUUUUGACAGCGAUAAUCCGGCGUACCGAUUCCGAUUCCUGGAGCCGACGUCCCAAUUCCUGGCACGACCGGUACUUGACACCCAUGGUUGGGACCAUGACUGCGGUUAUGAUGGAGUCAACCUGGAACAAACUCUGGCAAUCAUGAAUCGCUUUCCGACGUCUGUUUCCGUCCAAGUCACUAAAGACAAGAAAGACUUCAGCAUCAACAUGGAUUCGUCGGUUUCCACUAAGCAUGGGGAGAACGGGUCGACUAUGGCCGGAUUCGACAUUCAACCGAUCGGGAAACAACUCGCGUACAUCGUGCGGGGGGAAACCAAAUUCAAGAAUCUGAAAAGAAACAAGACGGCUGCUGGAAUGUCGGUCACGUUUCUUGGUGAAAACGUGGUGACCGGAUUCAAAGUGGAGGACCAGGUGGCGUUUGGAAAGCAGUAUUCGGUGAUCGGAAGCGCGGGGACGGUUCGGUUCCAGACGGAUUCCGCUUACGGGGCGAACAUCGAGGUACAACGGCGGGAGCUGGAUUACCCGAUCGGUCAGGUGCAGUCAACAUUCGGGCUUUCAAUCAUAAAAUGGAGAGGGGAUCUGGCGUUGGGAUUCAACAGUUUGGCUCAAUUCUCUGCUGGCCGGAAUUCAAAAGUGGCGGUGCGGGCCGGAAUCAACAAUAAGAUGAGCGGUCAGAUCACCGUCAAGACAAGCAGCUCAGAGCAUCUUUCCCUUGCACUUGUGGCGCUCAUUCCUUCUUUCAUUUCUGCUUACAAGAAGAUCUGGGCGGGUGCUGCUGCUGAUAGAUACUCUGCCUAUUAA